AUGUCCAGUAACUGCCGCUCAGAAACCUGCAGCUCCUCUUCUCUGAGAAACUCUAGUCAUGUUCCUGUAACCUCACCCACUGGCCCUUGCUCCACUGAGAUGACAUGUAGAGAUGCUUCCUGCUCUCCUACCAGCAGCCUGGGCAGCAACACACCAUGUGACAACUUCCAUGAGCCCUGCAGUGAACACAGGAGCUGCCCAUCAGCCAGCUGCAACAGGAACACUGGCAGCCCUUCCGUCGGCUCUCCAGUUACUUCAGGGAUGUCUGGAUCCCAGGAGGGACAUAGUUGUCUUCCUGUCACAUCCUGCAAUUCCAGCUGUGGUCGUGCAACAUCCUGUAGACAACCUUUGAGCUGCUGCCUUCCAAGUUACCAGUCUUAUUGUUGUCAACCCCUGGGCUACCUGACCUAUGGCCAUCAGCCAUUGAGAACCCUGAAAUAUGGGUGCCAGCCUUUCAGUUGCAUACCUGACUACCACAGGCCCACAAGCUAUACAUACGGCAGGUUUCAACCAUACUCCUCUUGCUUGAGUGGUUGGCGUUAUUCUUACUAA